GCCAUUAAAUAUUCAGAAAGGACAUUUUAUUGUUAUUUUCAUCUGUGUCUGUUUACGUCGGGGAAUAUUAGGCUAAUAUUGCCCUAGAAUUACUCAUCGGCACGGCUGUUACACCAAAAUGCCGAGUGAAAAUAUAGCAGUAAAAAGUAUAGUCAGAUGUCGGCCAUUGCUAGCAGACGAAACUAGCCAUGGAUGUAAAAAUAUAGUUAAAAUAGCUGGGAACAAGGUAGUGGUUGACGCUAAUGGAAAGGAAAAUAGUUACGGAUUAGAUGGGAUAUAUGUUUCGGAUGUCAAUAAUUCGGUGAUCUAUAAAGAAAAUUGUGAUAGCCUUCUACACAGGGCUUUAGAAGGAUAUAAUGUCGGGUUACUGGCAUUUGGAGCUACUAAUGCAGGGAAGACAUACCUGAUGGUCGGCAAUAACCAAGAUGAAGGCAUUAUUCCACAGUUAUGUAACAACUUAUAUACCCAAAUAAAUCAAAGAUCUAAUAAAGAAUUCUUCAUCACCGUUUCAUAUCUAGAGGUGUUAGAUGGAGAAAUGAUGGAUUUAUUAAACCCACAUACCAAUGAAAUGAAAAUCAGAGAGCACCCAAAUAAAGGCAUCUACGUUGAUGGUUUAUCGGAAUUGGUCUGCCAUAACCAGGACGAGUUAAAGAUGUACUUUGACCAAGGAACCAGAGCAAGGAAGAUGGCAGCUAGCGACAUGAAAGCUCACAGAACACGGGCACAUUCUAUUUUUAAUAUCAACAUCGAGCAGAAGGAAAAACAGUCCAGUAAAGUUGGUAUAAGAUCUACCAUAACAUUAGCAGAUUUAGCAGGAUGUGAAGUCCAAGAUGCUGAUGCGGAUACUCUUCAACGAGCCGAGACUCAAGCCAUACUGAACGUUAUUACAGCAUUAGCUGAUUCUAAGAAGAAAGGUGGUCACGUUCCUUUCAGAGAUUCUAAAAUAACCCGCUUGCUUCAGGAGAUGCUUAGCGGGAACACCAUCACCAUGAUGCUUGCAGUUGUCUCUCCAGCAGAUAAAUGCUACAAACAGACGUUGUCCACUUUGGAGCAUGCACAGAUGAUAAGAAACGUCAAAAAUAAAGUCAAGCUUAAUGUGGAUGAUACCCAAACAGUUAUUAAUGAAUUACGCAAUGAAAUUAGCAAGCUGAAGGAUAAAAUAGCAGCAAGUAAUGAACCCAAGCAAGAGGAUGUAAGCAAAAUGGAGGAACUCGUCCAAGAUUUACAAGUGGCCAAAAAAUUCAGUAUAUCCGAAAGAGAAAAACUGUCGACUAAAUAUGCCGAGGACAGAAAGAUUAAUUUAUCCAAGAAAGGUAUUUUGGAAUGGGUUAUGGGCAGUGACAAACAAGGCAGUGUUGAGGUCCAAGAAAAAUUACUGCUUUUACAAAAGGAAAAAGAUCAAUUGACUAUCCAAUACAAGGACAAGCGAAAGAUUAUCGGCGAUUUGAAGGAAGAACUGCAGAAUAAAAUAACAGAAUAUUCUAAAUUUACUGAAAGUGGCCAGAAAAGUGAAUCGGAAACCAAAUCCAGAGUAAAUGCCAUUAAAACUCUGAAAGAUAAAUUGAAAGAAGAAACUGAGAAAAUUAAAAGAAUUAAGGAUGAAUUAAAUGUUUUAUUGGACAAGCAGCAAACAGAAAGACAGAAUGCCCAAGCUCAAAUUUCAGCUCUGAAGGGAAACGCGAAUCUGAGACAGAAAGUUGAAGUGGAAGAAAGGCAGAGGUUAGAAGCUGAAAACAAAACUUUAAUUGACGAAGAAUUGGACAGAAUACAAAUGGAAAUCGAAAGUAAAAAGGCUGAUGUCCAAAUGCAAAUCGCAGAGGGGAAAACGUACACUGUGGAAGAAGGCAAAAAAUUAGAAAUUGAAUUGGCAGAACUGCAAGCUGAAAAAUCAGUGGUCACUCUGAAGCUACACUGUCUUGAAAAAGAAAAAGCUCACGUUAGUAAGGAGCUAGAUGAGAUUUACCAGUUACAUCAUGACGAGCUGGAAUUACAACAGUUGCAGCAUUAUCAAACCUUUAGACAAUAUCGUCAAAUGUUCGAGGAACAGAAAGUUGCUAUAGAACAGCGUUAUCGAGUCUUGUUAGAAGAAGCUCUGCAAGACGCUGUGUAUUUAUCAGCACGAAAUCAAGAAAUUUUACAGGAACAGGCCCCUUUAAAACAACAAAAUGCUGAAAUGAAAGAUGUUAUCACUAAACUUGGUGGUAAAAUUCCUCCCUUGGAAAAUUAA